GCUAGGAAACGGAAACUUGUCCGAAGAGAGGCUUGAGAGACGACGAGAGACGUGUGACCACCGACCCGGGAGACGUGUGAACAAACAGUGGGAAAUCAGAAACAGUGGCGUGUUGCUCGAAGUGUGAAGAAUGUCAGGACACGUUAGAUGAAAUAACUCGUUUGUUAUGCGGUGGACUUCGAACAGAACGCGUCUGAAAUGGCUGUCAACCUAUUCAAAGUGGUUUUAGUUGUAAUUCACGUGAUCUUCGACAUUUAUGCCGAGGCCCGGCGCCUUUUUCGCUAUGCUAUCCAGUAUUUUGAAGAUUUCUGCUUCGGCCCGUGGGGUUUGAAAGCAGAGCUGGACUAUGUUCAUCGAAAUAAGGCGCCUCUAACAAAGCCUAUGUCACACAUAGCCGUUAUCCUGGGCAGUGAAGUGGUUUCGAUCAAAGACAUUGUGAGGAUUGCCCUGUGGAGUCAUGCUGCAGGAGCUUCAUAUGUCAGCUUUUACGAUCAUUCAGGUAAAUUGAAAAAGUGUAAAUCUGCAUUGGAUGAGGCGUUAACAUCAGAAUGUCAACCUAAGAGCCAUAUCCCCAGAACAAAUGGUUAUAAAAAUGGAAUUGCAGGCAAGCAAUAUCCCCACGUCAUGUUGUUCGAUAUAACUGAUGGCAAAGCAGGUAUAGCAAGAAUAGCCAGGGAGCUGUGCGAGAAAGCUCUUGCCAAAGAAAUAACACACAAUGAUAUAAACCUUAAAUUCCUUAAUGAAAUUGUCCUAAGAGAAGCAGGUGUUCCAGAACCUGAACUGGGAAUCUAUUGUGGUGAUAUUUGCUCCACCUAUGGGUUCUUGCCUUGGCAUUCAAGAAUUACUGAGUUUCUACCCAUCAGUAGUCAUCAUAAUGUGUCAGUGCGGACCUUUGUCUCUGUUCUUAGAAGAUUUAACAAAUGUGAGCAGAGACUAGGAACAUAAGUCUUCUAAAAAACAUGACCUGCUGUGUGUUAGAGGCUUUCAAAGACUGAAGUACAUAUGCCCAAUUCUGAGCUGUCUUCACAGACUAUGGUUUUUGUUUCCCCAAUCAAAAAUUGCCUUUUUCAGAACACAGGUUUCUCAUGGUUAUGUAUUGUUUCUCUCUUUUAUUCUUUGUUAGACUAGAUUAUAUACAACUGUGUGCUUCCAAAAUAUUUAUUUAUUUGAUUGCUGUUUGUUGGUUAAUUUGAAGAAUUUGGAGUUGUGUGAUUUCUAACUCAUAGCUUAAACAUUUAUGAAGGAGUAUAAGAGGAAGUAAUUUGUAAGAAGUAAAAUGAAUUUUAUGCUUUUAUGGGCAAGCUUUUGCAAUAAGAAGUGGCAUGUUUCUCCCUUAAGUCGCAAAAGUGACUGUGGUAUUGUACCCAAUUAUUUUCUUCCAUGCAGUUUUUUUGUAAGUUCCUGUUGAUUGGAUUUCUUCAGUUUGCACCAAUCACAUUUGGAAUCCUGGGUCGUUUUUAUUUUAAAUAAUUAACUGGUAUUGCCUAUUAA